AUGGCUCCGUUUGAAUUAGUAUAUGGGAUUGGAGCUCAGGUAUCUUUACCCCUGGAGUUAUCGGCAGCUAAAUUGCAAUCGGUCAUUGAAGAUCAAUUCUUUAAAAAUUCAUUGGAGAAGAGAGUCAUGUACCUGCACAAGCUGGAAAAUGAGAGGGACAGAUUAGUUGAUCACAUCACGGAACACCAGAUGAAUGUAAAGCGCAUUUUUGAUAAGAAAGCUCGACCAAGAAACUUCCUUAAGAAUGAUGAAGUUCUCCUGUGGGAUAAGAGGAAAGAACCGAAAGGAACACACGGAAAAUUUGAAUCUCUUUGGAAAGGUCCGUUCUUUAUUUCAGAAGUGGUUGGUCCUAAUACUUUCCGUUUGAAAUACCCAGAUGGAACAAUUCUGCCUUUUACAUAUAACGGGCAGGAUUUGAAGCUGGUCAAAUUCUAA